AUGGCCUCGGAGUCGGUGAAGGUGGUGGUGCGCUGCCGCCCCAUGAACCAGCGGGAGCGGGAGCUGAACUGCCAGCCGGUGGUGACGGUGGACUCCGCGCGCGGCCAGUGCUUCAUCCAGAACCCGGGCGCCGCCGACGAGCCGCCCAAGCAGUUCACCUUCGACGGCGCCUACUACAUGGACCACUUCACCGAGCAGAUCUACAACGAGAUCGCCUACCCGCUGGUGGAGGGUGUCACCGAGGGCUACAAUGGCACCAUCUUCGCCUACGGUCAGACGGGCAGCGGGAAGUCCUUCACCAUGCAGGGCCUGCCGGACCCGCCUUCCCAGAGAGGCGUCAUCCCCAGGGCCUUCGAGCACGUUUUCGAGAGUGUCCAGUGUGCAGAGAAUACCAAGUUCCUGGUCCGGGCCUCCUACCUAGAGAUCUACAACGAAGAUGUCCGUGACCUGCUGGGGACAGACACCAAGCAGAAGCUGGAGCUGAAGGAGCACCCGGAGAGGGGCGUGUACGUGAAGGGGCUCUCCAUGCACACGGUGCACAGCGUGGCCCAGUGUGAGCGCAUCAUGGAGACGGGCUGGAAGAACCGCUCAGUGGGCUACACGCUGAUGAACAAGGACUCCUCACGCUCCCACUCCAUCUUCACCAUCAGCAUCGAGAUCUACGCCGUGGACGAGCGGGGCCAGGACCACCUCCGUGCUGGCAAGCUGAACCUGGUGGACCUGGCGGGCAGCGAGCGGCAGUCCAAGACGGGUGCCACGGGGGAGCGGCUCAAGGAGGCCACCAAGAUCAACCUGUCACUGUCGGCCCUGGGCAACGUCAUCUCGGCCCUGGUGGACGGGCGCUGUAAACACAUCCCCUACCGGGACUCGAAGCUGACGCGGCUGCUGCAGGACUCGCUGGGCGGCAACACGAAGACGCUGAUGGUGGCCUGCCUGUCACCCGCGGACAACAACUAUGACGAGACACUCAGCACCCUGCGCUACGCCAGCCGGGCCAAGAACAUCAAGAACAAGCCACGCAUCAACGAGGACCCCAAGGACGCCCUCCUGCGCGAGUACCAGGAGGAGAUCAAGAAGCUGAAGGAGAUCCUGGCCCAGCAGAUGAGCCCCGGCAACCUGGCAGACCUGCUGUCCAGUCAGACCCCCCUAAAUGCUGUCCAGACUGAGGAGAAGCUGGCGCCCCCACCGGUGAUCCAGCCUGAUACAGAGGCCGAGAAGCAGCUGAUCCGGGAGGAGUAUGAGGAGCGCCUGGCCCGGCUGAGGGCUGACUAUGAGGCGGAGCAGGAGUCCAGGGCCCGGCUGGAGGAGGACAUCACUGCCAUGCGCAACUCCUACGAUGUGAAGCUGUCCACACUGGAGGAGAACCUGCGUAAGGAGACAGAGGCUGUCCUCAAGGCAGAGGUCCUCAAGGCGGAGGUCCUCAAGGCGCAGGGCACGUCCAGGGCAGAGUUUGUCAGCUGGCCGGAGUCCUCCCCUCCCCUCCACUGCGAGCUGGCCACGAAGCCUGAGAUCCACUCCACGCCGCGCACUCUGGCCGGCGAGGAUGUCUCCAAGACUGAGGUUUCUCCGGGGUUCAAGGAGCUGCCCACGGCGGAGACCUCCAAGUCUGAGGCAUCUCUGGGAUCCGAUGAGUCUUCCACGCUCGAGGACACCUCCAUGUCCGAGGCCUGCCCGGCGCCCCAGGAGCCUUCCAACGUGGAGUUCUCCGCGCCCGAGGCGGAGGCCGUGGGCAGCUCCCUCCUGGACCACGACCUCAGCUGGGAGGCCGCCGGAGCCCCGCGGUGGGCCGGGCCGGUCCCCGAGGACGAGCAGCCACGGCUGGCGGCGCUGGGCCUGCUCCCCAGCCUGCACGACCCGUUCGCCGAGGUGGAAGCCAAGCUGGCCAGGCUCUCCUCCGCGGUGGGGGGGGCCGAGGUGCCCCAGGCGGCCACCCCCAGGCUCCCCACACAGCACCCCUCCCUGACGGAUCUGCUGGGGCCUGGUGUCGUUAGGUCUGAAGCUGAGGCAGCUGACUUCCUCCUGCCCGGGACUGAGGUUGACCUGGGCCCAGAAGUGGCCGAGGAGGUGGUGCCGGCAGCAGAACCUGGCGUCGGGGCUGAGACUGAGGCCCAGAUGGCCUUGGAGGCUCAGCUUCAGCCCUUGCUGGGCACGACCAGUGUGAGAAGGGACAGUGUGGGCGUGGAGGUGGCGGUGCUGACUGACGACCUGCUGCCUGUCGUGGACCAGCAGCAGGUGCUUGCCCGUUUGCAGCUGCUGGAGCAGCAGGUGGUAGGGGGAGAGCAGGCCAAGAACAAGGACCUGAAGGAGAAGCACAAACGCAGGAAGCGGUACGCGGACGAGCGCAAGAAGCAGCUGGUGGCGGCCCUGCAGAACUCGGACGAGGACGGCGGCGACUGGGUGCUGCUCAACGUCUACGACUCCAUCCAGGAGGAGGUGCGGGCCAAAAGCAAGCUGCUGGAGAGGAUGCAGCGGAAGCUCCGGGCAGCAGAGGUGGAGAUCAAAGACCUGCAGUCGGAGUUCCAGCUGGAGAAGAUCGAUUACUUGGCCACCAUCCGCCGGCAGGAGCGCGACUCCAUGCUCCUCCAGCAGCUCCUGGAGCAGGUGCAGCCCCUCAUCCGCCGGGACUGUAACUACAGCAACCUGGAGAAGAUAAGGCGUGAGGCCUGCUGGGACGAGGACAACGGCUUCUGGAAGAUCCCCGAGCCCAUCAUCAUAAAAACCAGCCUCCCAGUAGCAGUUCCAACAGGGCCACAGAACAAGGCAGUCCGCAAAGCCUCCACAGCAGACAAUGGUGAACCAGGCACGGAAGAAGACCGCUACAGGCUGAUGCUCAGUCGGAGCGACAGCGAGAACAUUGCCAGUAACUACUUCCGGUCCAAGCGAGCCAGCCAGAUCCUCAGCACGGAUCCCAGGAAGAGCCUCGGGCAUCACAGCUCACCCCCUGGCCUCGGCUCCCCACUCAGCAACACCUCUGCCAUGUCGCCUACCCAGGCCCCCGAAAUGCCCCAGCCCCGGCCCUUCCGCCUCGAGUCCCUUGACAUUCCCUUUUCCAAGGCCAAGCGUAAGAAAAGCAAAAGCAGCUUUGGCAGUGAGCCUCUGUGA